GGAAAAAAAGACGCAGAGAAACACCUCCAGAACCCACUUGUAAAGGCAGUAUAGGAAAAAAUAAAAAAAAAGCAAAAACAACUGACUCGGUUGAAAAAGAAAAUCAAGAGACACCAAUACAAAAGACAUCUCCAUACAAUAUCUCAAGUCAGAGUGAAAACGAUAAGACAUGCCAAAAAGAUGUGAUAAGCACUGCUUUAACCUGGGACGACAAGGUAGAGCAAGACUUACAGGUGUUAAAAGACUGUACGAACAUGCAAACGGAGGAGAAUACAGAAGAAGAACACGUACCAACAUGUAUAUCUAGUAAAAUAGCCGAAGUAAACAAAGAAACAUCAAAACAAAGACACGUUCUAAAUAAUGACUGUGCAGAAAACACAGAUAUCCCGCUUGAGGAAAGUGUUGCCCAACCGCA